CCUCGGAGUUUUGGCCAAUCGUAACCCGCCGUUUGCGCGUCCUCCGCCCUUCCCUCCGGCCACCGCCUGCCGCCCCUUCCGGAAGCACCACCGCUCCUUUCCCGAGCCACCACUGCCCCUUCCGCUGGAGCAGGGGUUGGGCUGGGCUGGGCUGGGCUGGGUCGCAGGGCGCGGUCUCAGCCAUGGUCCGGGCGUUCGUGCUGCUGUCGCCGGGGGGGCCGGCCGGGCAGGCUCCCUGCCGCGUGCUGUACGCGCACGCCUUCGGGACCCCUCCCGGGACCCCUCUCGGGGGUCCCCGGCAGCGCCUUCUCCGCAAGGAGCAGCUGCUGGUCGUGGCCAGACAAGUGGCUUCCCAGUGCCAGCUGCUUCAGUCAUCCCUGGGCCGCAUGUCCUCCCCACAGCUCCCCCAGCUGCCUGAUGAGCCGGUGUCACUCCAAGAUGCUCCGGGGGGGCUUUUCCAGAUGCCCCCUGGAGACCCCUUCCCUGACCAGGUGACAGUAGUCUGGUUAUCAGUGCUGGCCCUCGCCUGUGCUUUGGUUUGUGACUCCCAGGAAAAUCUGUCCUUGGCUGAAAUCACCCUGCGGCGCCUGGCUCCCCGCCUGCUCAUCUCCUUGCGGCUCCUCAGCCCUGGUGCUGAUGUCCUGCUCCGUCCGGAUGCUGCUGAUGCCCUCCUGGAUCGUCUCCUGCCCCAUGGGCAGAUGCUUUUUCUCAAUGAACGUUUCCUCCAGGCAGUGGACCGGGAGCUGGGCAUCAAAGCAUCCCGCUGAGCUACAGAUGACAUCCUUGCCCACCACCCCUGGAUAUUUUUCAUUGGGGAGAGACAAGGGAAGGAUCCGAGAUGGUUGCCAACCACCCAGCAGGAUGGAUGGGAAAAGUAGCUCAGGAAUAAAGAGCAACAUGCCAGCAAAGAGCGGGAUUUUAAUCCAUUUAUCCCCCAACUUUGUUGUGGGAGAGCCAAUAGCCAUUCCCAUAUAUCCAUCUGGAGAUGGAACAGUGCCGUGUUCCUGCACUGUUUUCCUGCACUGUAUUCUUCCACCGCUCCAUGCGCACGUGACAGCGGGCAGUGGCUCCUCAUGGCCGUGAAUGGACAUUAAAAGAGGGAUGCCGGGUUACCCCAGCUGGAUGUUACAGGGCAGGUGGGGGGUUCCUGGCAGGGGAGACCUGGCUGUAGGCAGUGCAGAACCCCUCUGCUGUGGGAUGGGAGCUCACCUCAGGACAGGAGGAACCGUAGGGGUCAUGGGGAAGCCGGGGUUGUGCAACCAGCCCUGGUGCAUCAGGGUCACUGGGUGGGGGAUUUAUUUAAAACAGGCAGCGAGGCAGGAUGUGGCCGUGCGCCUGACACAGCGGGUUGGUUGUCGCCGGGUGAUGCUGCUUGGGAACAGGGGACCUAUGUGACACCCUGGGAGGUGGCUGGAGCUAGCAUCCACCUGCACAGCUCUUCCAGCUGCCACCAGGGUGCAGUAGGGAUCAGGGCUCUAUCCUAGCAGUUUCUGAGUGCUAGGAGAGUCAGGGAACCAGGACGUGGCAUGCGUGGCUCUGCCUGUAAGACCCUGACCUACUAUACAAGCACAUAGUAGUGGGUUUUUGAAAAAGGGGUAGGAUGAAAAGGAAGAGAGAAAAGAAGAGAUGAAUUAAAGGGGCAGAGAAAGAAAGAGAGGAAGAAAGAAAGGAAGGAA